AUGUCGUCAGACUACACUUACGAUGAGCAGGGGCAAUUCUUCCCCUUCUUCAUCUUGACCUUGACCGGUUUGGUCACGCUUCCUCUAACCUACAACCUCCUCCGACCAAGCAAAGUUUAUGCUAAGCAUGCGUUACCGGCAGAGCUUGAGAAUACGGCUCCCCGCAUCAAAUCCGAUUUCAAACCUGAGCAUGCCGAUCUCGUCGAGGCGCAGAAGCGCAAGCGCCUGCGCAAGGAGCGCCGAAUCAAGCGCAUCAUCACGGUGAUUGUGGGCUACAUCGUCAUGGCCUGGAUGGUGUAUCUCAUUCUCGUGACGGCCCGGACGGUCGCCAAACUAUACGACCCAUAUGAAAUUUUGGGCGUCUCAAGGAGCGCCGACGAAAGAGCUAUUUCUCGUCACUACAAGCGCCUUUCCCUCAUCUACCACCCCGAUAAAGUUCGCCCCGAUCCCGCCAAGAAUGAGACCAUGGAGAUGCUCAACGAGCGUUUCGUCGAGCUCACCAAGGCCUAUAAAGCGCUCACUGAUGAAGAAAUCCGAAACAACUACCUCCAAUAUGGCCACCCCGAUGGCAAGCAGAGCUUCAGCAUUGGUAUCGCCCUUCCCAAGCUUAUCGUCAUGGACGGCAAUGGAAAAUACGUCCUGUUGGUAUAUGGUGCUCUGUUGGGUGUUCUUUUGCCUUACAUUGUCGGAAAGUGGUGGUAUGGUUCUCAGCGCUACACCAAGGAGCGUGUUCUUGUCGCUAGCGCAGGUAACAUCUUCCGCGAGUACAAGGAGGAUAUUCUGGAUGGUGGCAUUGUCAAUGCUCUCUCUUCUGGCGAGGAGUUCAAGGAAAUGCUCAAGGGAGCUCAAGCGGAAGCCGGGCUCGCAAAGUUGGAGAAGAAGGUCCUGGCCGAGGAAUCAACAUUCCUGACUGCCAAGGACCGCGAGGCGAUUAAGCAAAUGGACAACUCCUCCCGUCGCAAGGCUUUGGCCCUCCUGUGGGCGUAUCUCGGCCGUAUCGAUCUUGGCGAUGCGACCCUUGAUGCAGAGAAGUACGAAGCUGCGCCCAUUGCUCUUUCUCUAGGCGAGGCCUUUACUGCGAUUUCUUUGGCAUUUGGUAGCCUUCGCCCUAUUCUCGGUGCUUUCCAGGUCUCUCAAAACUUGAUUCAGGCUAUUGCCCCCGGUUCAUCUCCCCUCUUGCAGUUGCCCAACUUCACCGAGUCAAUUGUCAAGUCGGUGGAAGGCGAGCACUCCAAGGAACACUGGACCGUUCAAAAGUUCAUGAGAUUGGCCGAGGAUGAGCGUCGCAAGCUUACUGUGGGCGCUGGUCUAUUGUCUGAGAAGCAAUACACGGAUGCCGUCACGGUGGCUCGUCAACUACCCGCUUUGGAGGUUUCCAAGGCAUUCUUCAAGGUCAUGGGUGAGAAGGUUAUCACUCCUAGCAGUCUGGUACAGCUGGUUGUGAAGGCACGAUUCGUCCCACCAGGUUGCACGCAAGUGCCUCAGAUCAACGAGCUCGACUUGGAGGACAUUGACCCCGAUGAGGAUGAUCUUGACGCACUGAUGGGCCGCAAGCCGGCUAAGAACCGUGCCACCAAGGUGGUUGAUGGCAAGAAGGUUGAGAACAAGAUUGAGAACAUCCAACCUCCCCUCGCACACGCUCCCUACUUUGCCCGCGAUCACUCCCCUCGCUGGCAUGUCUUCCUGGCCGACGCCAAACAAGGCAAGAUGGCCGUGCCUCCCUUCACAUUCACCACCUUUGACAAGCCGAUCCUCGAUGAGGCCGGCAAGCCCACGUUCAACGUUCAAACCCUCAAGAUGCAGUUCCAGGCUCCUCCGCAGGUCGGCGACUUCACCUUCGUCAUGCACAUGGUCUGCGACAGCUAUCUGGGUCUGGACACGAAGAUGGAGAUUACCCUGCAUAUUGACGACCCCGCCAAGGCGGCUGCCUUGGAAGAAGAAGACGACAUUAGCGAACCGGAUGAAGACUCCAUCGCUGGUCAAAUGCAGGCGCUCAAGACUGGCCAGGCUCCUAAGCCUAAGAAGGCUAAGAAGCCUUCCGAGUCCUCCAGCGAGGAAAGUGACACCGACGGCGACGCAGGCGAUACUAGCGACACCAACACCGAGACGGAGGAUGAGGAUUGA